UAGCGGUUUAGUUGCUCUCUUAACGCUACGGUGAGGUCACGUGCGUUUCUCGAUCACCAUAUUUUUAUUAAUUUCAAGAAAAACGUGUUAAUAAAUAUAGUUAGUGCAUAUUAGAAGUUUUAGCAGUUAUCGUUUGUGUUGUUUUUGGGUUAAUUAACUGUUAUUUUUAACGAACACGAUUGUUUUUGUGUUGUUGACUGGACGAAAAUACAUAGUAAGGCGUGUGUACGUGCGUAUUGAGUGUAACGCACCUACUUCUAUAUCGUAUUUUUUUUUUGUGAUAUGUUUACGGCUUUGGAAUUCAUGAAUGUGAGACAGAUAAGUAGUGAGGUUUUUUACAAUUUUAUUGUGAAAUAGAUUAAGGUGAUAAACAGUUAUUACAAAUAGGCGUUGUCGAUUGAUAACGUUCUAGUAUCACAUGGUAAAUUGGAAUCAUACUACAGUUGUAACACAAAAUGGGUAUACAUUGUGAAAUUAAUUUACAUAAAAGAGCUGACGGUGCUUUUGUACCUGGAAGUGUGGUGUCUGGUACUAUAAAGUAUGGUGUCGACGUCCCAACGGAGUUUAAGAAGAUAACUGUUUCGUUAAAAGGCAAUGGGUUUCUGAUAAUACAUGAUCGGCAAGCCAAAAACAAAGGACGUGCUGUAGACAGUUAUAGAAACAGCGAAGAUUAUGUUGAUAUUGAUAAUGUUAUUUAUACUAACGAGAAAAAAGAUAAUCCAUUACCAAUAGGCAUGUAUGAGACUCAAUUCAGCUUCAAAUUGCCCGAAGAAGUGCCAGCAUCAUUUAAAUACCAAAAACGUGCAGCGAGAUACAGAGUAAGAUGCUAUAUCGAAUACUACGUACGAAUAAAAUUUGAAACGAUAGGCUUAUUUAAUUUAAAUAAGAAGUUCAAGAAAGAAAUAACAGUAGUGUCUGGCAUCAAACCUAGGUUACCUACAGAUCCAGUUAUAUAUGGAGAAGUAAAGAAGCUUCUUUCGUUAUUCUCCAAGAAUAACACAGUCGACAUAAAAGUGAAUGUUCCAAAAUCAGUGAUCAGUACGGGUGGUAAGAUAGAAUUCAGUUAUGAAAUAUUUAACGAUACAAAUCUUACGAUUAAAGGUGUGGAGGCGAAAUUGGUAGAACUGCACACGUUUAAGUCUCACGGAUCAAAAGAAGUGGAAAUGUCCAAAGAUAUAAAAGAUACAGAUUCCAAAACUGGAUCUAUAGCAAGUGGUGAAAAGAAGACUAUAGAUGUCGUGAUUAAUGUACCUUCAGAGAGAACGUCGUUAGAACAUUCCAAAAUUGUGUCUAGAGAGUAUUUUGUUCACAUAGAAGCAAUCAUACCGUUCCCUCACUGGAAUGCUGUACUAAAGUUUCCAGUUCAGAUCGGUGAUGUUAUGGGUAAUAUUCAUGAAUCAGAGAAUAGUGAUGCACCACCAUCGUAUUGGGAAGUGAUGAUGGGUGAUGAGAAAGAGAAAGGUGAAGAAAUCGAUGACGUCGAUGACUAUGAAGAUGAAUCUUAAAUAGACGAUUUAUAAUAUCAACCAUUGUGCUUGAAGAUAGCACAUAUAUUUUUGUAAAUUGUCAUUUUACAAUGUGAAUGUUAUCUCUGUCUCGCGUUUGUUAUUUUAAUAGAUUUUUAACUGUCAUUUUAAUUGUAAUUCAAGUUAACAAAUGUUCAUUUAAAAUAUCAUUAUUCUCAUAUCAGCCUUUAACUGUCCACUGCUGAAGACAAGUCUCCCUUUUAGAGGGUUUUCCCAGUAGUUGCCAUGCUUAUUAUUGUAUAAAAUUAAUUUAAAAUAUGUCUUAUAAUGUACACUUAUUUAAAAACACUAUAUAUUCCUAGUUGACAAAGUAGUAGUUUAAAAGUGAUCUAUCGAUGCAUAUAAGUGUUAAAAGCAUAAAAUUUAUAAUAGAAAUGUUUUAUAAUGCAGCUAAUAAUUAAUAACUACCAAAGAGUAGGUAACAUCAUGAAUAAGAUACGAAAUAAUCACUUGUUUCUUCAUAAUUCCAUACGAAAAUAAAUAACUUGUAAUUUUAAUUAAUUUUAAAAGUAUUGUACUUGUAAUUCUUAAAAACAAAUUUAUUAUUAAAUUAUAAAUGUAAUAUAUAAGUAAUUAAGGUUAAUUUAAAUAGAAAUAAUACUGCCAUUAUUUAUUAUAAUUUUUGUAUGUUGUUCACAUGCACUUAAUUUGUUUAUUACCAGAUUACCAGAGGGAGACUGUACAAAAGUCGAUUGUUUGGGUACCUCUGUCCCAUUCGUGUUUCAAGCGUGAAGCAGUUGUGUUUGCAUGGCUGUGUUUCGGUUUGAAGGGUGGGAUAUGGCGUGAAUUUGCUGGGUACAGAGGAAUAACACCUGAGUCCUCAGGAAUGGCAACGCAUGGGGGGUAUCAUGAGCGAAACAGUAUACUCUGUUAUGUCCAUGGUACUGCUUAUGUCUAUAGGCGACGGUUACCACUUUCCAUCAGGUGGGCCGUCAGCUUGUUUGCAAUUCUAAGUUGUAUAAAAAAAAAAUUUAUGCAACUUAGAAACAAGAUAUGUCCGUAUGAUAAUCUAAAAUAUGUAAUUUGUUUAUAAUAGAGAAAGCAAAUAUAUAUUAAUAUUCAUAGUAGUUUCUUACCCACAAGAAUCUGUUGAUUUGAUCUGAUGAAGUACAAAGUAGAGAUAGGUAAUAUCCAAUAUAUAUAUAUAUAUUGAGUUACUCUGGAUAGUGAUGACCGCCCAUUACGAUAUCUUCUAUACCAGUCCAAUAUCUAUAUUAAUUACGAGCGGGUAUUUGUUUUCGAUAUUAUUGUAUAUAUUGGUUAAUCGAUAGUGAAAAUACCUAUUUUUGGGCCAAUAUAUAUGUAUAGAUAUUGUAACUACAGUAUAUAGAUAUUGCUAUACUUUACCCACCAUUAGUACAAAGUAAUUAUAAUUUUGUAUAUUAAAUAGUUAAUAUAAAUGGUACAAUAUCAAUAUUUGUAUUAAAAUCAUCGAAAAGUACAAGGAAAUGAAUUACAGUACAAACUUAAGCGUUUAUGUAUAAGAUGUAUGACUGUAUGUGUGUUUAAUUUCUUUUUUUAAUUAUAAACUUUUAUAUUAUUGUAA